UUGAACCUUAAAGGCGUUCUUGAGAUUCAGCAUCAGUAUAAGUUAUGGGCAACUUCGUAUACACUUCACAAUAGUUGUGUGUCGGUAAUUCUGUUAUACAGGAAGAAACAAGGGGAACUUUUCUGUUCUACUAGACGAAACAAAAGCAACUAUUCUCUUCUACAUGAAGAAACACGGGCAACUAUUCUGUUCUACUAGACGAAACAGGGGUAACUUUAGUGUUUUUUUAGACGACACCAAGGCAACAUUUGUGUUCUACUAGACGAAAUAAAGGCAACUAUUCUGUUCUACUAGACGAAACACGGGCAACUUUUCUGUUCUACUAGACGACACCAAGGCAACAUUUGUGUUCUACUAGACGAAAUAAAGGCAACUAUUCUGUUCUACUAGACGAAACACGGGUAACUUUUCUGUUCUUCUAGACGAAACGAGGGCAACUAUUCCGUUCUACUAGAGGAAACACGGGCAACUAUUCUGUUCUACUAGAAGAAACACGGGCAACUAUUCUGUUCUAUUAGACGAAACAAGGGCAACUAUUCUGUUCUACUAGAAGAAACACGGGCAACUAUUCUGUUCUACUGGACGAAACAAAAGCCUACUAUUGCUUUUUACCACUUCUGUGUUCUAAACCCCACAACUACAAUGGGAUUGGAACCAAUAUUGACGGUCAUCAUCUUUCUGGCCGCGGAGUGGAUAACCGACAUCGUUUCAAUUUCGACAGGCUCCUUUGCAAAAGUUAAUGCCUGUUUCGACCCAGCGGGAACUACUGCCAUUGCCCUCAGUUUGCCGAAUUUCCACAGGAGCAUAAGAGUAUUCUGUGCAUCCAAGUGUCUUCAAGACGAAGGGUGUAAGUCAUUUAGUGUCCACCCGUCCACACGGACAUGCUACAUAAAUGAUGUGGUUCUCCUAGACACUGAGUGUACGGACUCUUACCUUCAUUUCAAUUCUGACAAGGAACCGCCAUGUCUCAAUGGUGGAGUGUACAACGAGGUUUCCAACUCAUGUCGAUGUUACAACAGCUACGUGGGUGUCAAGUGUGAACGCCUCAUGCAAGACUGCAAUGAUGGUUUUGUUUCUGGACAUUACAACGGCAUGAAAGACGUCUUUACCAUCCACCCCACUGCAUCGACGUACCCGUUUCAGGUUUUUUGUGAAAUGGAGUGGGGAGGAGAGUUGUUCGUUCUUCGACGAGCAUACGACGCCCCCUACGUCAACUUCAGCCGAGGCUGGAACGACUACAGGGACGGGUUCGGUGACAUUUCUAUGGGAGGCAACUUCUGGCUCGGGAAUGAAAAGAUUCAUCUGAUCACCACAAGUAGAGAUCAUCUACUUGGCAUCGAAGGCAUUAUGGCCGAACCUCCAGAAAUAUCCACGUGGAACUACAGGCAACAUUUUUAUCACAUGUUUAAGGUAUCUUCCGAAAGUAACGGAUAUCGCUUUUCGGUGACCUACCAUUACCCGAAGACAGGCGACCACGUUCUCGACGACUGCAUGUCAAACCUCGAGGGAAUUCCAUUUUCCACCAUAGACAACGACAGUUCCGCCGGAAGUUGUGCAGGCGCAUACAUGUCAGGAUGGUGGUUUAAGGACUGUUCGUUGUGUAACCCGACAGGGAUAAUACAACCCGUUUCCGAGACUGUCAUUUCUUCAGAUCCGACAUCCAUGACCUGGCCAGUCCCAACAAACAUGUCUGCUCGGUUCCUGAGGAUGUUUUUGAAGCAUAAAGUUGGAUAACAACUUUCACGUGCUUCAUUUUGGUUUCUUUGAAAAGGACCUCAGAGAAGGUAUUAUAUCACGGACAUUGCUUGUGAAAAUAUUGACUUAUUGUUUUGCUAACUUGACUUAUAAUAUAUGAUCGAAAAAAGCUCAGAAUAGUUUCAUUUUCAGAAAUUUAUUCUCCCGAUACUGAAGAUCUCUGGCAGCAAGAAAGCUGGAAUGAUUACAUUUUAUUUGGAUGUACUCCAUGAAAGAAGAUGGAUCUUCUUUGUUAUAUAGCAAUCGUUUUGAUUUUGUUUGUUGUCUUUGAUCUUAACGGGUCCAAUCGCUUGGAAGUUAAUCAUCACUCCAAGGUUUAAAUAAUCAUAGACAUCCAUUGUGCAAUACAAUAAAUUUAUCAAUAUUUGCUAGAGCGUGUUUUGAAUGAUUUUAGACAUUGAAACACGCUUCACGAACAAAGAAACUUUAUGAUGUGCUGGACUGGAAAUUUUUGAUUAACAAUUAUUAUCAUGUCCUCGUUAAAGUUGAUGUUUGUAUCGACAUGAGUGUGAAUUAAUUUGUUAUAUAAGUCACGGUUUCCGCGUUUGAAGAUUUCUCUAUGUUAAUAAUUAACGACUGUUUGAGAUUAUAUAGCCAUAGUGUAGCCAAGGUUUGCAGUGCUAACAAUUCUGAAUGGAGUUCAUAUCUGUGUAAAACAUUGGAGACAGGUAUACACUUAAGACAGACAGUAAACCUUAAGAACAAAAAUUUUCCCAAGCAUUUUCGGAACAGAUUAGUAUUUUCAAAUAUAGCAGAGAUAGACCCCUUCUCUUUUCAGAUUUAUUGUAAAUGGACUUUGAAUGCAAGUACUGUACCUAUCUGCCAAGUGUUAUUAGCCUUAGGAUAUGACUUUCCUGAUUAGAUAAUGAUUUUAACACACACGCACACGCGCACGCACGCACACGCACACACACACACACACACACACACACACACACAGCCAUUUGCAGUUGAUAAUUAGAUAAAAUAUAUAAAAUCAUUGUCUAAUUAUCAACAGCAAAAGGACAGGUCUAAAAACAGUAUGUUAUUUCCAUCAGUUCGUUAUAAGCGUGUUCGUUAUAACCGUGUUAUGUAUAUAAUUAUCCAAGUCACAUUCUACACGUUUAUAACACUUGGCUGAUAGGUACAGCACUUGCAGUCGAGGUGUUGGACUGACGGGUUAGUGAUGGGUAGGUAGGCGGAGUGAUGUGGGGUGGGGUUGCCAACUGGUUAAAACGUUCGCUCGGCAC